AGAAUAAAAAAUAAAAACGACCCCGUAUUGAGGGCCUCGGUUUAGACUUUUCCGUAUGCGUUGGCAGAUAGGUGGCUAUGACUUUGACAAUAUCAAUUUGGUUAUGUAUGGUUAUCUCCUUCCUCCCUCGUCUUCCUCCUCAACAAACCACAGAAAAUAAAAUCUGAACGAGGAGGUCUGGUCUGGUCUUGUCACACAUUUUAAUUUCGCUGAUUCAAACAGUAAUAAAAGCCAUGGCUAAAUCCUCUUUCUACUACUUCUUCUUCUUCUCUUUCUUUGUACUCAUUGUAUCUGCUUCUUCUGAAAACCCUACCCCAACUCCUUCUGCGGUCCACGCCGAGCUCAAAAACUUUGGCUUGCCGAUCGGUCUUCUACCGUCCACCACCGUCUUGAACUACAACAUCAACCAGACCUCAGGCGACUUCUCCGUCAACCUCGGAGGCGCGUGCAGGAUUACUCUCCCGCCUGAUAACUACCUGGCCGCCUACUCCAAGAUGAUCACCGGUCAGAUCGUUCAGGGUAGAAUCGCAAAGCUCGACGGGAUUAGAGUUAGGGCUUUCUUCAAGUGGUGGUCAAUUACGGGGAUAAAGUCCAGUGGCGACAAUUUGGUGUUCGAGGUCGGUGGUAUUACGGUCAAGUACCCUUCCAAGAACUUCGACGAGGUCCUGGCAUGUGAGGGAAAGCAUUCGGCUUCCUAAGAGGGUAUCCUCUUGGAUUUUAUGGAUCAAGAUGUAAAGCAAAUUAAACGAAUCAAGUGUGAGCUGUUUUCUGAUAAGGGCUAUAGCCUAGAUUUUUCUUGCUUUUUGUUUGUAUAUAUCUCUCGUUUUCAUUUCUAUAGACCGCAGCUCCAGUGUUAGCGUAACUUUCACAUAGUAAAUGGGCAAGGCAUGUACUUUGUAGGAAGUUUCGCGUAUAAUUACCCGUUACUUCAAAACAAAUUGAUCAUAUAUUUCAUUCUCUAUUACUA